CACUUCCUGUUGACCUUACUAUUUUCAAGACGCAACAAUUGAAGAGGUUUUGUUUUAGUAAAUAAAGUGUAUUAGGUUUUAUCAACGUGCAGACGCACAGCGAUGUCAAUAUAUAGGAUGGCAUAUGUGUAAGUCAUGCUUCAUCUGUGAACCAUGACGUACGCUUUCAUACUACACGGAAAAWAUAUAUAUAUAUUCCCCGGAAGGGUGCUGCCAAUCCUAUUUCAUUACCGUCAUUAGGUCAUCACACGCAUCUUGUUACAGAUCCAAAAGUCAUUCAACAACGUCAAGACRAGAAGUAACACAGAUUACGCUAUGAAUACCACAACAACCCACAGUCCUCUUACAAAUCCAAUCCCUGUAGUUGGAGUUGCUCUCGCAGCUACAUUCGAAAUCAUUCUUUGUWUCACGGGAAGUAUAGGAAACUCGCUGAUUAUCGCAGCUGUAAUCAAAAACAAGAAUCUACACUCRGCUACAAACUUUUUCAUUGUGGCGUUAGCCGUGGCUGACUUACUAGUUAGUGUAAUCCUCGUUCCAAUGCGAGCUUCCCAACACAUAUCACUAGCAAGAAAACAGAGCGGUAACAUUUCACCAGCAGCGGUAGAAGUUGCUGGGUUUGUCGGACGAGUUAAUAUCAUUGCAUCAAUUUCUUGUCUUUGUGCUUUGAGCAUUGAUCGAUGUAUUGCCUUAUCAAGACCAGUCAAGUACAUUACAUCAUUCAAACACGCCACAGGAAAAGUUUUAAUCAUCAUUGCUGUGAUUUGGGCCCUUGCUGUGUUGAUUACAAGUGUUCCUAAAUUCCCUGGCGUUAGUGAUAAACCAUUCUUGAUUUUCUUCGUUGUUUUCGUGUUGGUUGCUACGUGUAUCAUAGCUGUUGCUUACUGCAAAAUCUUUAAGAUUGCAAAAGGUGCRAGAAAACGCCGUGGAAAGACCGCAGCCAAUCUCAUUCGUYUAUCUAUCAGUACAGCUAUGGAUCCUCGACUUAAACAAGCAGCAGACCAACAAGAAAAGAAAGAAGAAMUCCAAACUCAACAAUMUCAAAAACAAGAACAUAAAGCAGCUAAAACCAUUGGACUYGUUAUUGCUGCAUUCAUUGCUCUCGUUUAUCCUCGUAUAAUACUGAUAUUGUACCACUUUGGAACCCCAUCAACAACGACCAGUCGAUAUGCAAGGUUUUGGAUCCGCAUUUUACUUUAUAGCAACUCAUCCGUCAACCCUGCGCUGUACGCAUGGAGACAUAAGAAUUUUAGAAGAGAGUUUGUCAAGAUACUUCGUAGUCUGAUUAAUGUUUUUAGAUGCAGAAAACAUGYCAAUGAAUUUGAUGUCAAACCAACUACUCUCUCUUCUAAGGUAAUAUCAACAAGUAGUGGGAAAUAAAAGGUAUAUUUUAUUGCCAACCAUCUUACAAAUCUCCUGGUAAUUACUGACACUUGGACACCACAAAUGGUCUAAUGUAUAAAUCCUGUUGUAGUUACUGUUAUUUUAAGUGUAUAUCUGUGAUACCCUUACAAUCUACAAAACUAUAGUCACUGUCCUGCAAAACAUGUAUGGGAAGAAGAUUAUGACAAAUGCAAUAUUAUUCUUAUCCAAACAUGAAUCAGCAUAAACGUGRCAAGAAUUACCAAAAUUAAAGUGCUUGUAUAAAUUAACAUACUUUUACAGUGUGUGUUGGUAAUACAACAGUAAUAGAUUUUGUAGUAAGGUUUGGUAUAAGUAAUGAUACCAAAUUCAGCUUUCUCAGUUUUAAUUAUAAACRUAUUUUCAUUGUAUUUAAAUGGCUUGUCCACAAUAAAUGAUUCUGAGACAUG